AUGCAGCAGCCUAAGCACUUUAGUCUCAGAGUUUCGGAACAAAUCGGAGACGUGAUAUGCGAUGCUGGAGUCUUAGUGUGGUCAUUUUACCAGAAUAAUGCACAAGAAGAGUUUGGACUUCAGGACUUGUUAGAAACAAUCAAGAAGAUUCUGGUAGAAGACGACGAGGAACACCCACAAACACCACCAACAGUCAAGUUCCCGAUGACUGAUCCGUUGGGUUUUGUCGAUUUUGUUGUGGAAACACUGAUGGAUCCACCAAGUUGCCUCAUUGACAGCCUGGGGGUUGGUGAUUUUCCGCUUUCAUUGUUUGCAUCCAUCAUCGAAAGCAUUCAGAAUAUUAAGGCGGAUGGCUUGGGGGUUUUUCGUGGCAACAAACAAGAAAUCACAGCCAAGGAAGUCAUUAGCACUUCUAGUCAUCAGGCAUCACCACAGAGACCUCCUUCAACAUCAGAAGUUGUUGGUCUUGAUUAUGAGACCGGAUUAAUUAAGGACCGACUGAUGGGCGGAUCUAAGAAGUUGCAGAUAGUUGCCAUUGUGGGUAUGCCAGGAUUAGGUAAGUCCACAUUAGCUGCUAAAGUUUAUAAUGAUAGUUCUGUUUCACACCAUUUUCAUGUUCGUGCGUGGUCUCCUAUCUCGCAAAUGUUAGACAAGAAGAAAGUGUUAAUUGAGCUCUUACAACAAGUUGAUCCUUAUAGAUAUCCGGACAUGAGUGAACACGAUUUAGCAAACCGUCUGAGACGCAGGUUAAAAAGAAGAAGGUAUCUCAUCUUUUUGGAUGAAGUAUGGGAGACUGAAGCAUGGAAUCAUUUGAAAGAAUCCUUCCCUAAUGAUGAUGUUGGAAGUAGACUUAUUAUCACAAGCCGUCAUCAUGAUGCUGCUCCUCACCAUAUGCUUGACUCGGAACCUUAUGUUCUCAAUCAUCUCAAUGAAGAAAGAGCCUGGAAGGAUCAAGAGGUUUCAGUCAGGAAGUUGCUUUGUUUAUGGAUGGCUGAAGGAUUCAUUCAGAAAUCUAAGAUAAAGAACCUAGCAGAUGUUGCUGAAGAUUAUUUGAAAGAUUUGAUUGCCAGAAGCUUAAUCAUGAUCGGCACAAAAAGAUUUGUUGAUGGAGGAGUUAAAGCAUGUCGUAUUCAUGACUUGCUUCAUGAUUUUUGUUUACAAAAAGCCAAGGAUGAAUUCUUUGUUCACUUACCAAAAGGGUGUCACGAGCUUUCUGCAUUUAACGAGCCUCCCAACCUUCGAAGGUUGUGCAUUCAUUCUAAGCCAAAGCAUUUAAAACAGGCAAAGUUGUUUUGUCCUCAUGCAGUUGGCAUUCCUAGCAAUGAAAGAGGCCAAUUCAGUCGCAUCCCAUCAUCUAUCGCUAAACUCUGCAAUUUGGAAAGCUUGAUUGUAGAUUCAAGAUCACACGAGCCUUUGUUACCAAACAGUGUCUGGAACCUACAGAAGUUGAAGUAUCUCCACAUAAGGAAUUAUGGUGGUAGUUGUGGUAUCUUUUCCCUUGAACCUCUUGAAGGCUUAUCCAUUUUGUAUGAAUUGGAUAGGCUUUCUGGUGCACUUUUUACUUAUGGGGAUAACAUGGAAAGGAUCCUUAGAAACUUUCCAAAUGCUCGCAGAUUGAAGUUCCAAGUUUCUGAGAAUCCAAGUACAUUGGAUUUUAAUUGGCCUGAAAAUGUGAAGAAGCUGACAUUAUCAGGCUUUUCUUUGACUUGGAGGAACAUUUCAACCAUUGGUGAAAUGCCAACCCUGGAAGUUCAAAAAUUACUCCAGAUGUCAAUUGAAGGGAAUGCGUGGGAAAUCAAAGAAGGAGAAUUCUCUAAGCUUAGAAUCUUGAAAAUGGUUUCCGGGGAUCUUGUCAAGUGGACCGCUGAUGAUGAUCUCUAUUUGCAGAAGUUGGUACUGCAUUGGUGCAACCAUUUGGAAAAGAUGCCUUCCUGUCUAGAGUGCAUUCAUACCCUUGAAAUGAUUGAGGUCCUUCGUUCAUCUGAGACUGCAGUAAAUCUGGUUAGACAAAUUGAGGAAGAACAGAAGACGAACUGGGGGAAUUCAAACCUGAAGAUCAUCAUUAACCAGUGA